AAACAAGCUACUCUACAAGAGUACAAUUAUACAGCUCAGGAAUUAGAGAAAGAAAUUCAUGGGCCAUCAGGCGAUUCUCUUCCAGCAGAAAAGAAACUUUGUGUAUUUGACAAGAUAUUUGCAGCAUAUCGUGAAGCCAGAAGCAGCAUUCGUGGUGAUUUGGUGAUAGUCAAUGAGCUGAAAGUGUUAUCCAGUGAGAGUAGAUCCAAUGGCUGUAUAGAGCAUGCGAGAGGAAUUAUGGAGCUAGAGAAGGCUUCAGAGAAUCUCUCGAAAAACAUAUCAGCUAUUUCAUUAAGUGGAAAUGAGAAAAAGGUUCUUCCUCUUGUAGAAUUAUGUUUUAUCCCUUUUCUACAUCAAUUGUCCAUGAAUUUAUUUAAUCGAAUUAGCUGUGCAGUGUUAAUAUAUUACGAAGGUGUCUGCUUUUAGCCCUUUUUUCUGGAUUAAUGUUUGAGCUCGACCGAUUAGUGUAUAUACAACCUGUACCUUACUUGCACUUUCACUUGAAACCCCAUUUCAGCUGGAGAAAUUUCUGAUGGAGAAAUUGCACUGUUAUGAAUCUGCGGUUGGCGAGUAUUCCAACAACAGGAAAGCAGCCCCUGCUCGCAUUGAAGUCUUUCCACCUGCCUUCCAGGCAGUGCCCUGCAACCCAAUUUUGUUGGAUCUGGCAUAUGAUUUCAUUCAGUUCCCUUCACUUGAUAGUAGGAUUAGGAAAGACAAAAAGGGCGGCGGUAGCACCAGCUUCCUUACCAGAUUUUGGGGUUGAGUUCGCCGUAUCUCUCUGCCAUCCCUUUAGUUUUUGGUUGGGAUUGAGUAUUACUACUAUUAUUUAUGUAUUCAUGCAAGCCAGGAUUUUCCCUUUCUCCAACUACACACAGGCAUACAGCUUUGUUUAUUUUCUAUUUUCCCUUUCUCCAUCAAUAGAAGUUUUUGUUGCUUGUUUUUUUAAACAGGAUUAUUGUAAUAGUAAAUGAGAGUUGUUCUUUUUUAACUCUGGUAAAACUUAAAAGCGUGGACUUUUGUCUUUUUAUGGUUGAAGUUGAUACCCUUUUUUUUAAAUCUUU